AUGGCUCUCAGUCUUGAGGGAAAGGUAGCCAUUGUCACUGGGGCUUCGCGCUCACGCGGGAUUGGAGCACAAAUUGCAUAUGAACUGGCGAAGCGUGGUGCUAAAGUCGUUGUGACCUUUACCUCCCCUAGUAGCGAGAAGAGCGUGGAUGAGCUGGUCAAGAGAAUAGAGCAAUUGCAAAAUGGUUCCGCAGCUGCAAAGGUCAAAGCAGACCUGCGAGAGGUCGAUGCUCCAGAGAAGAUCGUCCAGGCCACACGCUCAGCAUUUGGGGACCAUUUUGACAUCUUAGUGAACAAUGCUGGAUGCGAGAUGGUCAAGGGACUCGGCGACAUUUCUGCCGAUGACUUCUCCUAUGUCUACAAUCUUAACGUCCGAGCUGUUCUUCUCAUGUCCAAGGUGGCCUUGCCUCACUUACGUGCACCUGGUCGAAUUAUCAACGUAAGCUCCGUUGGCGCUCGCCUAGGUCUUAAGGACCUUUCUCUUUACUGUUCCUCGAAGGCUGCUGUGGAAGGAAUGACAAGAUGCUUUGCAGCUGAAUUGGGCCCUCAGGGCCAUACUGUCAACACAAUUAACCCGGGGCCUGUACCGACAGAUGUACUCGAUGGGAUUCCGAAGGAGCUCGUCGAGAUGCACAAGAAGAUGACACCGGUCGAAGGUAGACUUGGUACUACAGACGAUAUAGCUCAGAUUGUGGGCUUCCUAUCCGAGGAGAGUAGCCGGUGGAUCACAGGGCAAGCUAUUUCGGCCUCUGGGGGAUUUUCUAUGUAUUAA